GCGUUUCACACGUAUGGCGGAAGGGCAGGUGCGGUAACCUCAGCAGGCUCUGUAUCACAACAACCGUUAUCCGCGCGGAGGGAAGACACCGAGGAUCCAGAGAGGCCUUUGGAUACGUUUUCCUGACUGAAUAAAACAGUAUCUCAUCUUUUGCAUACAAUCUGGAGGGCCGUCGACAUGACUCUGAACCAGAAUCACUCGGAGUCCGGUGGUGUCAUCAUCAACAACAGUGAAAGUGUGCUGAUGAACCAUGACAAUGUGGAGCUUGUUUUUUGUGACACGGAAAGGCUGCCCGAAGCCUUCAGAAAGAGCAAGAAGGGCAGCAUCUACCUGACUCCAUACAGGGUGAUCUUCCUGGCUAAAGGGCGGGAUGCACUGCAGUCUUUUAUGAUGCCUUUCUACCUGAUGAAGGGCUGUGAGAUCAAACAGCCUGUCCUGGGAGCCAAUUACAUCAAGGGCACAGUCAAUGCAGAGCCUGGAGGUGGCUGGGAGGGCAGUGCUACUUUCAAGCUCAUCUUUGCUGCUGGAGGAGCCAUAGAGUUUGGCCAGUACAUGUUGCAGGUUGCAGCUCAGGCAUCCAGAGGUCAGCCUGUAACUGCUGGCUUUGGUGGAUGCCCCUACAUGGCUAAUGGGGCCUACGCUUACCCACCUCCCCCUGCUAAUGGAAUGUACCCAGCAGGACCUCCGCCCGGCUACUCCUACCCUAACCCUCCUCCUCCAGAUGGAUUCUACGCCACUCCUCCAGCGUUUGAUGCCUCUGCAGCAUACAUACCUCCACCUCCUUAUUCUGCUCCUCUGGGUCAGCAGCCACCACAUGAUCCAGACCUCCCCUCCUCAGCAGCAGCGGAGGCCAAAGCCGCUGAAGCAGCAGCGAGUGCCAGCUGUGCCACGCUGCCCCCUACACAUGUGUACCUGCCGCAGGACAAGCCUCCUCCCUACUCUCCUCCAGAAGACAAGAAGAACCAGUAGACCUGCUUAAUGUCUCCCUCAUUCCUCCUUGUCCUCUGUCCUCCAUCCUGCUGGAUCUCAUUAUUUCUCUUACAUUAACCGGACAGUAGGAGGGCCAGUAUGUUCUUUUUUCCCCCCAAGUUUAUCCAUUUUUUCAUCUUAAUCUCCUUCCAGCUCAUCUCCAUUUUGAUCUAACCUUAAAGUCAUCCUAUUGCUUUCCCGCCUCAGCCUGCAUUCCUUGUAACGACUCAUAUAUUGUAAUCAGCUUCAUUCUCUUCAAAUGCACCUUUACGUGAUGUAAAGUAGCAAAGAAGAAGUGUUGGUAGCAAUCUCUGAGGAAGAACAGAUUGUUCAGGCCAAAGUGUUUGGAGUGGUUUUGAGGGCUUUUUUGAUUAAAACCUUGUAACCUGA